UGGGGGUCCAAUGACGCGCCUCUCCGUGCUGCUGCAGGUGUUCCGGGUGGACAUCGUUUGCAACGGGAGGAAACACUCGACUGAGAAGCGCUACAGUGAGUUCCACGCGCUUCAUAAAAGGAUCAAGAAGAGAUGCCGAGUCCCCGAGUUCCCGCCAAAGCGAGUGCCCAGGUGGAUGACCAAGGCGCUGGAGCAGCGGCGCCAGGGCCUGGAGGCAUACCUGCAGGGCAUCAUCCUGUACAACAGAACGCUGCCGAGCGAAUUCCUGGACUUCCUGAAGCUCUGGCACUUCCAGCAGGACUCCCAGAACAGCCACCUGGAGACCGGGGGCAACCUUUCCACGCAGGAUCCCAGCCUUGGUGGUCUGCUCUCUCACCGGCCCGUGAUAAGCUUCCGGAGCGAUCUGUACACACUCCCACCCUCCACAGCAGGCCGGCUUCCUGACACGAUCCUGAGUGGGGUCUUGCAGGGCCUCUACGCACCUGAGACCGUCUUCUGCCAGGAUUCAGAGCUCUUGCUGGGACCCCCCCGGAGGCCGCGACAGACUCUGCCCCACCCCGCCUUGUCCGCUGCUCCUUUGCCACCUGUCUAGAGCAUCGCUGCGCCACUGCGGAGCAGCUCUGCACUGUACCCCGAAAUAAAAGGGGUGAAGGGGAAGGAGGCAGCCUCCUGCAGGAGGAGCAGGCUGUCCGCAUCCCCCACCACAAAUGCACACGUGGAGCAAAGCACAGG